AUGGCUAUAGAUUUUGAAGUGGAAGAAAAGUUGGGAAAGUCGAAAUUCUCGACGAAUAAGCAAAGAUCCAGCAAAGAUGACGGCCAGGACGACGAACCUGAGGAUUCCUCAGAAUCGGAGACGGAAGACGACGAAGCGGAAUUGGUUACAGAGGCUGUUGAUUUGGAAAUUCUGGCUACAAUUCAAGCGAUUCGCAACAAAGAUCCUCGAGUCUACGACACUGACGCGGUAUUUUAUACCAAAUUGGAUGAAGAAAAUGUACCCACGGGCCGAAAAGAACAAAAGCCAAUGUUUCUACGGGAUUAUCACCGAGAGAACCUUUUGCGGGGCGCAAAUGGGGAUGAUAAUGAGGAGGAUACCCCAAAAACAUAUGUGCAGGAACAAGAAGAGCUGAAACGCACCAUUGUGAAGGAGAUGCACGCUGCUGUAGAUGGAGAAGCUGCGCCUAGCCACGAAGAUGAUGGGGUUGACGAUGACGACGGAUUCCUUAUUCGGAAAUCAAAACCAGAGACUGCUGCUGUGGAAAGAAAGCAGAUCACAGAAGAAGACGUCGCUGAUGCCGACAAAGACCCGGAGAGCUUCCUUUCUAAUUUCAUGGCUUCUCGGGCGUGGGUUGCUAGUGAAAGAGCUAAUUUCCAACCAUUCGAAUCAGACGACGACGAGGAGGAAGCGAAAGCUGAAGCAUUUGAAGAAGCGUAUAAUCUCCGGUUUGAGGAUCCUAAUAAGCUCAAUGAAGCUCUAGUUACCCAUGCCAGAGAUACAACGUCCAAAUUCUCAGUCAGGAGAGAAGAGCCAAGUGGCAGAAAACGGAAGCGAGACGCCGAACGACUGAAGAAGGAAGAGGAAAAGCGACAGCGUGAUGAAGAGCGUGCUCGUUUGCGCAAACUGAAGAUUGAAGAGCUUGAAGAGAAGGUUGCGAAAAUCAAGAAAUCCGCAGGCGUUCGGGCGGACUCUUUCAAAGAUGAAGAUUGGGCACGAUUCCUUGACGACAAAUGGGAUGAUAAGCAAUGGGAGGAGGAGAUGGCCAAGCGGUUCGGAGACUCUUAUUAUGCGGCUGAAGAGGCCGGCGACAGUGGCAGCGAUGGGGCCGAAGGGUCCACAAAACGACGCUUGAAGAAGCCUACUUGGGAUGAUGAUAUUGAUAUCAAAGAUAUAGUACCAGAUUUUGAAGAUGAAGAUGAUGGCGUUGAUAUAUCGGCAGCCGCUGACGACACGGAUGAGGCUGGCGAGGCGGACCACAAGGGCGCUAAGAGAAAGCGAUUACAGGACAAGAAGCAAAAGCAAAAGGAGUCGAAACUUGAACGAAGAAAGAUUGAGCAGGUCGUUGACCGGAACCUGGAUCUGGACGCGACAUUGCUACCGGGUUCAUCCAAGAAGUUCUCUGGUACCUUCCGCUACCGGGAGACUUCACCAUCCAGCUUUGGGCUUACGCCUCAAGAUAUCCUUAUGGCAGACGACAGCCAGCUCAACCAAUUCGCCGGGCUGAAGAAACUUGCCACGUUCCGGGCACCCGACAAAAAGAAGCGCGACCAAAAGAAGCUGGGGAAAAAGGCGAGACUGCGGCAAUGGCGAAAGGAGACAUUUGGUGAUGAGAAUGGACCGCAGAUGCCAAUCAUGGCCGAAGCGGAGCCAGAAGCCUCCACCGACAGAGUAGUCAAGGCGUCUAGUGGCGAUACUGAGAUGAAAGUAGAUAUACGGGAAGGGAAGAAAAAGAGAAAGAGGUCCAAAAAGCACUGA